UCGAAGAAGAAAGAAGCUUGAGUGCCUCUGUUGUCCCUCCGAUUUAUAUCCUCACUCUUUGCUUGUUCUGUCAUUCUGCGCCCCGGCUACCUGCUCGACCAUGGCUCUGUUGAAGUCCAGCAAGGUAAUCUCCAGUAUUGGGAAUUUUUCCCCAUCCCUGGGAGUUUUGUCUACCCGUAACAGCUCAUGGUGGGGUGGAGUGCAGAUGGGUCCCCCUGACCCCAUCCUGGGGGUGUCGGAGGCCUUCAAGAGGGACACCAGCCCGAAGAAGAUGAACCUGGGGGUGGGAGCCUACAGGGACGACCACGGCAAACCCUUUGUGCUCGAUUGUGUCCGCAAGGCAGAGGCUCUGAUUGCUUCCAAGCAGUUGGAUAAAGAGUAUCUGGCCAUCGGUGGUCUGGGGGACUUCACCAAGUCCUGCGCUCAGCUAGCCUUGGGGGCUGACAGCGAGGUCCUCAAGAGUGGCAGGAACAUCACUGUCCAGACCAUCUCAGGAACCGGCUCUCUGUGCAUUGGAGCCAACUUCCUGUCUCGUUUCCACAGUGCGUCCCGUGACGUGUACCUGCCCAAGCCCUCCUGGGGGAACCACACACCCAUCUUCAGAGAUGCUGGCAUGCAGCUGAAAGCCUACCGCUACUACGACCCCUCCACCUGCGGCUUCGACUUCAACGGGGCGCUCGACGACAUCUCUAAAAUGCCAGAGAAGAGUGUGAUCAUGCUGCAUGCCUGUGCCCAUAACCCCACCGGUGUGGACCCCAAGCCUGAGCAGUGGAAAGAGAUCGCUGACCUGGUGAAGAAAAGGGACCUUUUGGUGUUCUUUGACAUGGCCUACCAGGGUUUUGCCAGUGGAGAUAUUGAUCGUGAUGCCUGGGCUGUUCGACACUUCAUCGAGCAGGGCCACAAAAUUGUCCUGUCUCAGUCCUUCGCUAAGAACAUGGGUCUCUACGGUGAGCGAGUGGGAGGGUUCACUGUGGUGUGUAACGAUGCCGAGGAAGCUAAGAGGGUGGAGUCUCAGCUGAAGAUUCUGAUCCGGCCAAUGUACUCCAACCCUCCAAUGAAUGGAGCCAGAAUCGCUGCCACUAUUCUCAACACACCAGACCUUUAUAAAAUCUGGUUGGAGGAGGUCCACGGCAUGGCCAACCGCAUCAUCAAGAUGAGGGAGCAGCUGGCGGCCAACCUGAAAAACGAGGGCUCCACUCUCGACUGGCAGCAUGUCAUCGACCAAAUCGGCAUGUUCUGCUUCACAGGCCUCAAGCCUGAACAGGUUGAGCGUCUGACUAAGGAGUUUUCAGUGUACAUGACCAAGGAUGGUAGAAUCUCCAUGGCAGGUGUCACUUCCAGCAACGUCGGAUACUUGGCGCAUGGAAUCCACGCCGUCACUAAGUAAAAAGGAGAAUGCUGGGAGAAACAGCGGGGUACGGUGGUGCUGGACACAAUCCAAAUUAAAAUAACUGAAAAAGAGCAUUUUGUGUCAUUUUACUCUCUCUGCCCUCUCCACCCAGACUGUCAAUUGUUCACCGUCAAGUUCAACUUUGACCUCAACCCUCCUCGCGGUAGGGAUGUUGUUUAAAUGGUUAGUUCCCUGUGACCUCCCCAAUGAGGCCACCAUGUCAAAGGUUGUUUAGUGAUAGUCCAAUGAUCUGCCCUACAUUUGACUAAUGAGCUGAUGUCUCUCUUCUACGCUUAUUUAUUGUAUGUCAAAGGUUAAUCAAAUUAACUUAACCUGUCAUUAUUAAGCCAUUUAUUAACAUUCUAUUUUAAACCUACUCUGCCUGCUGUGGUCCAAAUUACUGUAAGGCUACAGAUGAGUUUACCAACACUUAGGCUCUGUUGUGUGUGUGAGAAUUGUGAACUCUUGUCUGUCAUUGCAUAUUUCUGUAGGAUAUGAAAGUUCAACGUUACCUCAACACCAGUAGAGUAGCAGAAAACAAUUAGUUAUAAGAUUGUCUGGCGCUAUCUUUAGAUGAGAUACAGUCAUUGAUAUUUUAAUGUUUUAGAAAUGGACAAUAAUGUAUGAUCAUUCAGUCCUGUCACUCAGCCUCUCAUGCAUUUCCACUUGCAUUAUCUUGUCUUGGAUACUCACUAUAAAUAAUUAUAUUACUGUACAAGUUUUGUGCUUUUUGCGCUAAGAGCAGGGUCUACUGUGUUUCUUCUAAGUGUUGAUGAAUGAGCAGUCAUCCAGCCAGUCUUAAAUGCCCACUGAAUGUUCCUCUCACCCCCCAAGCAAUGGUUUAUGAGGUUUUAAAUGUGCAAUAUACAGAAGUCGCUCUGCCAUUUCCUGGUUGCUAAAAUUCUAAAAGUUUGCCUAAUCUCAGUUUGACAAGUAAUGUGUAGAGAAUCAUUGUACCAUCUAAACCGCUGUGGAAUAUAUCUUCAAUAACCGAAAGUGUUGUAUUUUCAGCUGUUGUUGUACAAAACUGAAAGUAAGAUGCAAAAAAUGAAAGUUAAUGGUAAGCAGAGACAGCGCACAGAACAGAUCUACUGCUUCUUAGACUUGCUUACAAUGACAAUGUCUGAUCUAACUAAACAAUUCCAUUUGAAUUUGGUCCAAAAAGUGAAAUUGCAGCUUUAAAAGGAUAGACUGUCCUAUGGUGGUGCUCUUGUAUUUCCACAAGAAAAGGCAUUUUACAAGUGUUAUUUAGAUCACUGGGCGACUCCUAUCCCCUCCGUUUCAGAACCAAGAGGUUAUAGGACUUCUAUUAAUAUGUAUAGACAGUGUUUUGCUCCAAUGAUCAGCCUUUGAACAUUUUCUGUGUGUGUGUCUUCCUGAUUGUAACAAGACAGAUUGUGCAAGGAAAUUCACCUUUCUGCUGUCUACUCAUGAAGAUGAAGCUGCGCUGUCACCGUUUUCGGGUUAGCGCAAAAAUAAUAAAACAUGGAGCAUCGGUCAAGUCUUUCCCUGAACAAUUAAAAAAUAUCUAUCAUUGAAAUAA